AUGCACAAGAAACUCGAAGCCUGGAUGAUUGACCGCUUGGCCACCCGUUCCUGCGAAGAAGUGCUUUUGGAGUUUGUUCGCCAUGUCUCGACCGCACCUCGACCUAAGCCAUCCUGGGAGGUCCUCAUGGAAAGCACUCGGUGGUUUCCGAGCGACGCUGCGGUGAAAACUUUCUUGGUGCGCGCACUCAAGGGCGGUGCUUCGCCUGAUGCUGUUCGCCUGCACGAGUUGGCGACGAAUCUACAGUCAACGUCAGCAUCCUGCCAGCACAACCAUGCUCCUGUCGGGUACACUUCGUGUUCUGGCAGCGCAUUCAAUCAUGGCGAUGUUUUGUUCUAUCAGCCUCAAUCCUGCAGCUGCCCGUCGCCGGCAAAAGGCCGUAAAGUCUGCCACGAUCUCAACGAACGCGUUCCGCUCAUCAUCGUUGUGUGCACACCGUGCCAACACGCUAUCUGGCAUCGCCUUCGCCCCAAAAUCGUGUGCAUGGAUUCGACUGGUGGGGUCUCCACCGUUGGCGUUACCGCUACAGCGAUCGUUGCACCAAACCAGUUUGGUCGGGGAGUGCCCUUGGCAUUCAUGAUUUCGUCCAAGCAGACCAAUUACGAGUACGAGGUGUUCCUUUCGACUCUCCAAAACACUUUGGGCAGUGCCUUCCGGCCAGAGCGCAUUGUUGUUGACAAAUGCGAUGCUGAGCGAAAUGCAAUCAAGACCGUGUUUCCUGAAGCAAAGGUUGGUCUCUGCAUCUUUCACGUCUACCAAGCCGUACGGCGUCACCUCGUCCAGCAUCUGAAGGCGAAAGACGACAAAGCUCUCAUCAAGCAGGUGCUUGCACAAUUGCACUACGUGCAACGCGCUGCCAACGAAGACGAGGUGCAAGCUGCGAUCGCCACCACUCUUCAGAUGGUUCAGCACAACAAGAAAGUGCUAGAGUAUCUGCGGGUUCAUUGGAUGACACGAGGCGAGCUGGAACAAUGGUCGAUUGCGUAUCUGGGGCAAGACCGCGACACGCUGAUGCCGGUGCAUACGAACAAUUUUGUUGAGAGAUUCUUCCACUCGCUCAAGUACAAAUGGUUUCGAGGGCUGCGCAACCGCGACGCCACAUCACUUCUCCAGACCUUUACUCACCACAUCAACGCGUAUUACUGCACAAAAACACAAAAGGGGAGCUGGCAAAUGAACCGGGCUGUGCGUGCCAAGGUGCAAAAAGAUGAAGUCAUCGCCAAACGGAUGAACGAUACUGGCAAAGUUUUGCCACUGGACAAGGACCUCGGCUUGGCGGUCGUCAUUGCAUUGAACCAAGACAUCCCUCAAGAGUUGGAGGCAGCUGUGGACGAGAUCCGGACUGGAUGGGAGCUGAGUGACUCGGACGAGAUGCUGGACGAAAUUACUGCCAAGUUGGCAGAAAUUAAAGCUCGCUGCUGCGUAGUCGCUCUGCACUCUCGGUUCUGCAGUGCUGGCCAUCUCGGAGGCAUGAUUUGUGUGCACAUUCGCGCAGCAGCUCAACACUUCGGAGACUUGGCGAUGUUCGGCAUGGACAGCCCAUACGCUUUGGUGAGCGGUGCACCCUCCAUGAGCGUUCCCCUCACGACAUAUGGAGUUGCGUGCGACUUGCCCGAGGAAUCCGGCCACGAGAGCCAUCUCGACGAUGACAACGGCCAGCCGGUCGGAGCACAAGAACAAGAACAAGCAGCCGACCCUGAACUCUGGACCAUCUGCACAGAGUUAGAAAGCCUGCGCAAGAGACUUAACGACGCCGAGUUUGAGAAACGAAUCGCCAUUAUCACGAAGAUGAUGUACAACGUGAGAGAUUCGCAGCCGACCCAACGAGCGUAUCGUAGUAUGUUCUCGAAUCGCACCCUUGCACAAUCCAAGCGCCAGGCCGCGGCCUCCAGAGCAGCUGGGGCAUCACAGGGUCAUACUCCCCAGCUUGUCUCUCGCGCUGGCAGAAUUCACCCCAGCACGCACACGCCUGGUCUAGUGUUCACGACGGCCAAUGCGCGCCUGCGCGAGUUGCAGAAAUCGUGCGAACAAGACCCCACCCCGCAAGGAUUUGAGAAGGCCGUGCAGGAUCUACGCCCAAGUCGAGGACAAGUCAUGGCAGCUCAAGCUGCUCUUGUAGCAGAAGCAGCAGUUCCCCGCGCAGCGCGGCAGCUCUUUGAAAGCCUUGCGGCCGAGCGAGCUGAAAUCAGCCAGCGGAUGCGCCCGCCCACCCGUGCAGCCUCGCAAUCGCAGCAACCUCGUCGAUAUGCCGGCUUGGAUGCUGAUGAGGACGGAGCCGACGACGACGACGAGGACGCCGAAGAGAAUGAUGGCGAGCUGGAUUGGGGAGACCGUGCUUUGGCUAGCAACGCAAGAGGUGCUGCAAGCGUGAAGCGGCGGGCUGCACCCAAUCGCACCGCAAAGUGGUGCAAGCGUCCUCGAACCACCCGGAGGAAGCGCAGCGGUCGUGCACUCAACGAUGAUGCCCAGGACGAGACGAGCGACUGGGACGAGGCUGCAUCCCAACCGUCAAUCUUCUCCCAGGGUGAAAGGGCGAGCACAAUGGCUGACGAGGAUGCGUCGUGA